AUGAGCUUACACACUGCAUGGACAAGGUUCGCAUCCCAGCUGAGCGCCGUUGGCGAACUCAAGGUACCACGUUACGUAGCAUGCAAGAAUGCAGUCAGCAUUCAAAUCCAUGGUUUCUCUGAUACAAGUGAGAAGGCAUACGGAGCCUGCGUCUACCUCAGGGUCGCGGGCCCGCAAGGUCAAAUCUCCACGCGGUUGCUGUGCUCAAGGUCCCGCAUUGCCCCCCUGAAGGCGAUUACCUUGCCACGGCUAGAGCUAUGCGGGGCAGUAUUGCUGGCACAAUUAAUGGACAAAAUUUUGAGAGCAGUGCGCUUCGAACCAGAAGCGAUAUACUGGUCAGCGAAAUUCAUCGGCUAUCUCAGGCAAGCAGUUGGUUCCAUGUCGCCACAGAAUGCAAUCCAGCUGACUACGUAUCCAGAGGCUCUUUGCCCUCAAUCUUAA